UUCGCAGACAGGGCCUGUUUUCUGCAGAAACAAAAACAGAAAGACAGAGAGCUAGAGAGAGAGAGAGAAAGAGAUAGAGAGAUGCAUUUGAGCGAGAACGAGGGAAUAGAGGGUAAAACCUUCGUGGUAACCGGAGGGCUUGGAUUUGUUGGGUCUAGUCUUUGCUUGGAGCUCUUAAGAAGGGGUGCUCACCGAGUUCGGACCUUUGACCUUCGUACCACUUCUCCCUGCUCCCAUCAUCUCCUCAACAAGGGAGUCCACUGCAUCCCAGGAGAUGUCACCCGCAAACAAGAUGUUCAAAAAGCGCUACGCGGCGCAGAUUGUGUUUUUCACCUUGCUUCAUAUGGCAUGUCUGGGAAAGAAAUGCUCCAAUUUGGCCGCGUGGAUGAUGUGAAUAUAAACGGAACUUGCCAUGUCUUGGAGGCUUGUGUUGAGCAUGGGGUUAAGAGGCUUGUUUAUGUGAGCACAUACAACGUUGUGUUUGGGGGUAAGGAGAUUGUCAAUGGCAAUGAAACCUUACCUUAUUUCCCUCUUGAUGAUUAUGUUGAUCCAUACAGCCGCAGCAAAUGUAUUGCUGAACAGUUAGUUCUAAAGAGCAAUGGGCGCCCUCUCAAGAAGAAGAAUGGAAAUCUCUAUACAUGCGCAAUUCGUCCGGCUGCUAUCUAUGGACCAGGUGAGGAGAGACAUCUCCCCCGAAUUAUAAAUCUUUCAAAGUUAGGUCUGCUGCCAUUCAAAAUUGGUGAAGAAAGAGUGAAGUCAGACUGGGUUUAUAUAGAUAACCUUGUUCUGGCCCUAAUAUUGGCUAGCAUGGGACUCUUGGAUGACAUUCCCCAGAGGGAAGGACGUCCAAUAGCUGCUGGUCAACCAUACUUUAUAUCAGAUGGGUCUCCAGUUAACAGUUUUGAAUUCCUCCGCCCGCUACUCCAGAGCCUGGAGUAUGACCUGCCAAAGCGGUCAUUAGCUGUCUCUCAUGCUCUUGUUCUGGGAAGGAUAUUCCAGUUGGUCUACACUAUCUUAUAUCCAUGGUUGAACCGAUGGUGGCUUCCUCAACCAUUGAUGCUUCCUACUGAAGUGCGCGAGGUUGGGGUAACUCAUUACUUCUCUUUCCUAAAAGCAAAGGAGGAGCUUGGCUAUGUCCCUAUGGUGAGUCCUCGGGAGGGCAUGGCCGCAACCAUAUCAUAUUUUCAAGAGAGGAAAAUGAGAAUUUUGGAUGGGCCUACAAUAUAUACAUGGAUGUUUAGUGUAAUUGGAAUGACUUUGCUAUUUAUUGCUGCAUAUUGGCCAGCUUUCGGACCUGUGUUGCUUUUAAGAGAUUUCUGUCUCUUCUUCUUCCGGUCUCUGUGGGUAAUGAGAAUGGUGUUCAUUUUGGCUACAGCAGCUCAUAUUGGAGAGGCUAUGUAUGCGUGGCAUCUGGCAAAAAAAGUGGAUCCUUUGAAUGCAAGAGGCUGGUUUUGGCAGACUCUUGCGCUUGGGGUUUUUUCAUUGCGUUUCCUGUUGAAGAGGGCCAGGAAGUAAGUUGGAGCAUCUAUUGUUGAUAUAAUCUUUUUAGCAGCUGUAUUUACUACUGUAUAAGGGCAGUUCCUUCAUAGGCAGUAAAAUAGGACACAGCUAAGGGUUUAGAUUUUUUUUGGUAGUGUUGAAAAAUGUGAUCAGAGAUCAUCUUUUUAUUUCUAUGAACAACCACUGUGUCUCUAUCAAAGGAGAUUUGAUUUGAUUUGAUUUGAUCUGCGGGAGUAUCUAAAGCCCGAAGUGAA